AUGAUGUACCCCACGACGACCCGCACGCCGGAGUUCCUCGGCCUGAGUAAGGACGCCGGCUUGUGGCCCAAAUCUAGCUACGGCAAAGGGAUCAUCAUUGGGGUGAUCGACUCCGGCAUUGAGUCGCGCCAUCCCUCGUUCGACGACGCCGGCAUGUCGCCGCCGCCCGCCAGGUGGAAGGGCACGUGCAAGGGCAUGGUCAGGCCCGGCGUCGUCUUCGUGACUUCUGCUGGCAACGACGGCCCCGACUCGUCUACUGUCAACAACGACACGCCGUGGGAGAUCACGGUGGGCGCUGGGUCGGUGGACCGGAAGCUCGCCGCCGGCCUUUUGCUGGAGUCAGGCGACCUGGUCGAAGGAGAGGCACUGGUACAGGCGCCCAACUCGACCGCUUACCGACCCCUCCACUACCCCGGCGAGGGGUGCAGGAAGGUGAGCGUUGAGCGCACGAGGGGCCACAUCGUGAUAUGCGAUGAUGCCAGGGUUAAGGUUGACGUUCAGGCCCGCAUCAUCAAAAAUCUCUACAACAAUGGCGCGGCUCAUGUCGUGCUGAUCGGUCAGGAGAAAGCCGGUUUCACCUUGGGCUUCAGGGAGUACGGUUCCUCCGUCGUGCAAGAGCCCGCCGCCGUCGGCCACAAGCUCAAGGACUACAGCCAGUACCCGGAUUCCGCGGCGCAGGUGUUCUUCAAGGGCACGCAGCUCGGCAUCCGCCAGUCGCCCACGGUCGCCUACUUCUCCAGCCGAGGCCCGAGCCGCGGCAACCCGCGCAUCGUGAAGCCCGACAUCCUGGCGCCGGGUCUCAACAUCCUCGCCGCUGCCACAGAGAGUCCAGACCGGGGGCCUUUCAGAUUCAUGUCCGGGACGUCGAUGGCGGUGCCGCACAUCAGCGGCGUGGUCGCCCUUCUCAAGGGCGUGCACCCGGACUGGUCGCCGAUGGCCAUCAGGUCCGCCAUAAUGACCACGGCCGAUGAGUUGGACAACGACGGCAAGCCAAUCAUGAACGAGAAGCAUGAGCCGGCGAGCGCAUUUGCUGUAGGCGCGGGGCACGUCAACCCCACGCGGGCCGUCGACCCGGGGCUAGUCUAUGACUUGGAGGUCAGAGACUACGCCGGGUACGUUUGCCAUCAUUUUGCCAGGGCCAGGCUCGACAACGACGACGACGACGACUACGCCGUGCAAGACAUCCUCCAGGACCUGAACUUGAAUUGCAGGAACGUGCCCCGUCUGUCGGAUGUCGACCUCAACUACCCGAGCAUCGUGGUGCCGGCGAACAAGAAGGUGCGGCGGACGCUGACGAAUGUGGGGCCGGCGGAGCAGUACACGGGCAGGUUGUCCAUGGCCCAUGGCGUGGGGGUGGAUUUCUCGCCCAAGUCGUUGUCCUUCUCGCGGCCCGGGGAGAAGCUCACCUUCCAAGUAAGCCAUCAUGGGUCCGAGGUCGCAGAAGGAUUCUUGAUCUGGGAGUCGAAUACGCACACGGUCCAAAGCCCACUCGUCGUCGUGCGUUCGUGA